AUGCAUAGUCAUAUUUCAGAAGAUCAACAAAAGGGCAAACUAAAUGGAAGAGUCGCAAUUGUGACAGGAUCAUCCAAAGGAAUCGGUGCCGCUAUUGCUAAGCAUCUUGGCCUUGCUGGAGCGUCUGUCGUCGUGAACUAUCUGUCAAGUAAAGAAGGAGCUGAUCGCGUUGUUAACGAAAUUGUUAGCAAAGGUGGCAAUGCAAUUGCGGUUCAAGCAGAUGUAAGAGAAGAGGCAGACAUUCAACGUCUUUUCGCCAUGGCUAAAAGAACCUAUGGUAGACUCGAUAUCUUAGUCAAUAAUGCAGGUGUCUAUGAGUUUCGAUCAAUCGAAAAUGUUACAAUUGAACACUAUCAUAAACACUUCAACGUCAAUGUGCUUGGUCUUAUCCUUUGCUGUAGAGAAGCUGUAAAAUAUUUUGAUCCUGCCAGAAACGGUACGAUCAUCAACAUUGCAUCGACUGCAAGUACAUCACCGGCUCCGCAGCUCUCUGUUUACAGUGCCACCAAGGCAGCUGUCGAUGCAAUAACAAAAGCUCUUGCAAAGGAGCUAGGUCCACGCAAAAUACGUGUCAAUUCUAUUAGUCCUGGCUUGGUUGACACGGAAGGAACUCGUGCAGCCGGGGUAAUUGGUAGCAGCUUUGAAAAGCAAGUUAUCUCACAAACACCACUUGGUCGUGUUGGUCAGCCUGCUGAUAUCGCCCGCGUUGCUGUUUUCUUCGCAUCUGAUGAUUCUGAGUGGGUCACAGGCGAGUCUUUGAUAGUAUCAGGUGGCUUAAUUUAA